CAGCACAAAUUGUAACGUUGUUGCAGAUUUAGUAAGUGUCAGUCUGUAAUGUCAGAUAGGCUACAUCAAUUAUUGAGCAAAUUGUUGUUGUCAGGUUGGAUCUGGCCUGCUACUUUGGACACAAAGAUGUUGUGAAGGAGUUACUCAAGGAAGUAGUUAUUUUUCUGUUAUGAUACCUGUGCCACUAUCAUCUACGGGACAGCCCAGGUCCCUAAAUCUGUCUACGAGGAUAAUGAGACCAUCGCCAUGCACGAGGCUGCAGAGAUUAGAGAGGAGAAGAGGAAGGAAGCGAAGCUUCUGGGGGUGGACAGAGAGGGAGACAUCUUCAGCCUGUCUCAGCUGGUCAGCAUCUGAUCAUCCCUGGCCCUCCACUGAACCUCUCAACCUCAAGAUGCGGCCUCCAGACAUCCACUGUAGAGACCUGCCUACAGGGGGCAGAAGCAGUGUGUGAGAAAGAUGCUCAAGUCUGGAGCCAGCCCCAGCAUCAAGAAUGAGCAACCAAACCGUUUUUGACCUGGCCUGCAGUGAGGAGAUUAAGCAGAUUCUGGUGGGCAGUCAUGACAAGAGAUGCUUGGAUGCCCUGGAGGAGCAUGUGGCCAACAGCAGCUGUCACUACCCAGAAGCAGACAGAUGAGGAGGGGGAUGAAGAUAGAUCUUGGCGACCUCACAGACUUCCUCCAGGUCAGAUGAAGUCAACACCAGCGGAUCCCAAAUAUUUCCGUUCUGGAGACCACCAAAUCACUAUCAAAAGCUCUUGAUCUAAAAUAAAUAAACACUAAAACAUUUUGCAGACCAUCUGCACAGCGGACCACAGGUUGAAACCACUAGUCUACACGCACACACCCAGACCGGAACUCAAACCAACACAGAUUCCAACUUCUUCAGGGCUAGCCAAUCACAGAGUUCCAUUGUUACCUUAUUUUUAAUAUUCUACUCCAGAAAAGUGACAGUUGGUUUCAGUUAGCCCUGCUUGUGUGAACACAAGCUAAGCUAGCCCAGGCCCAUUCAGUCGUAUUGAUGCUUACACAAUUGUUUACAAGUGGGCUGUGUUCUUAUUGGCUCAUGCAUUCAUGGUGAAUGGGUUAUAGAAGCCCCUCCCCCUGCUGUGACUGGCCAGUAGCUGUGUGACAAGGGAGGGUUAGUAAACUGAGGGGCUGUGUAUGUGUAGAAGGGAGGGUUUGUUUGUGUGUGUGUGCACCUGUCCUCGCGGCCGUGCCCUUGGGACAUCAGUAGAACAGAGUGGUAAUCACUAGCGAGCCUGUAGCAAGGACACAGCCGAGCAAGAUCCGCUUUUAUGCUGAGCUCUGCACUCUGCUUGCAGAUCAGUGCAGGCACACACACUCACACACGCUCUUGCUUAAGGGAAACGCUAGGCAUUUGGAGACGGAACUGUUGCACGUGCAUAUUAACACUCAAGCAGAGACACAUGCUUUCACACUCGCACGCACGUACGUACGUUCACAGAGGCAGGCACAAUUCUACCACCCAGCAGAGCAUCCCGAGGACAGGAGGAGGAAAAGUGACAGCAGCACCCUCUAUCCACUCAGAUUCUGAGAACAAGCAUUCUCUCUCUCUGAACGGCUUCCUGUUUGUGGUCAGACACUCGAUUGAAGAGGAGGAAGAGGAAGAGGGGAGAGAGCCCCCUCUGUUCAGCAGCAGCCUCCAUUGCCGUACCACCCUCAGGGAACGGCCACCGCCAGCGGAAUGUCCGGGGAGGGUAACCAUGGUAACCAGAAGGCCCAGUGCAAUGGAGUAAAGAAGCACAGAACGUCUUUACCAGCGCCCAUGUUCUCCAGGAAUGAUGUCAGCAUCUGGAGCAUCCUGAAGAAAUGCAUUGGCAUGGAGCUGUCUAAGAUAGCAAUGCCAGUGAUCUUAAACGAGCCCCUUAGUUUCCUGCAGCGGCUCACAGAGUACAUGGAGCACACGUACCUCAUCCACCAAGCGAACACCACCACAGAUUCCAUGGAGAGGAUGAAGUGUGUUGCAGCGUUUGCUGUGUCUGCUGUAGCUUCACAGUGGGAGAGGACGGGAAAACCCUUCAACCCACUACUGGGAGAAACCUAUGAGCUCAUCAGAGAGGACCUAGGGUUCAGGUGGAUGUCGGAGCAGGUUAGCCACCACCCCCCCGUCAGCGCCUUCCAUGCUGAGGGCCUGCAGGAAGACUUCCUGUUCCACGGCUCCAUUUACCCCAAACUCAAGUUCUGGGGCAAGAGUGUGGAGGCGGAGCCUAAAGGCAUCAUCAGCCUGGAGCUACCCAAACACAACGAAGCGUACACCUGGACAAACCCCACCUGUUGUGUCCACAACAUCAUCGUGGGCCAGUUGUGGAUCGAGCAGUACGGCAAUGUGGAGGUGAUCAACCACAAGACCGGAGAGAGAUGCAGCCUGAUAUUCAAACCAUGUGGCCUCUUUGGCAAAGAGCUGCACAAAGUGGAGGGCUACAUUCUAGAUAAAAGCAAAAAGAAGCUCUGUGCCAUCUACGGUAAAUGGACCGAGUGCUUGUACACUGUGGACGCUGACACUUUUGAUGCUCAUAAGAAAUCUGACAAGAAGAACUCAGAGGAGAAGAAAAGCAACAUGCAGACCAGUGUAGACGAGGAGCCAGAGGAGAUGCCCCUGCCUGACGGAGACACGGUCCAGGUCAUCCCAGGAAGUGAGCUGAUCUGGAGGAUAGCCCCCCGACCAGACAACUCUGCAGAGUUCUAUGCUUUCUCCACAUUUGCCAUGCAGCUGAAUGAGCUGGAGGAAGACAUGAAGGGUGUCCUACCCCCCACAGACUGUCGACUCAGGCCUGACAUCAGACACAUGGAAAAAGGAGACAUAGACUCGGCAAGUGCAGAGAAGAAGAGGGUAGAGGAGAAACAAAGACUGUCCCGGAAAAAUCGCUCCAAAUCAACCGAGGAAUGGAAAACAAGGAACCCAGCUCUUGGCCCCAGGUGGUUCCACCAGGGCACCAACCCCCACAACAAAGCUCAGGACUGGCUCUACUCCAACAGCUACUGGGACCGGAACUACUCCCUGCUGCCUGAUAUAUACUGACCUACAGGACACACACCACACACACAUCUCUAUCUGUACACACCUUGUCUUAACUCUCUGCAAUUUUUUAUAUUCUGACACUGGAGCUUUGGCAUUUUUCUCAGAGGGUUCAUUGAAGGGGGAGAAAGUUAAUCCUAGUCAGGUCAUGCGGUCAGGAAAAAUGUGUUAUGAUAUAGAUGAUGUCAACAUAGGCAAGGUCAAGGGAGAGUUCUGGCUUUAAUCAUUUCAAAGCCUGCUCUGAACCUGCUAUAGUCCUUUGCAUGGGUAAGGAUGAUGCUGGGAAUUGAAUGACCGUAAAGGCAACAACCAUUCAGUAGUCCCUAAACAUAUCUCCUAUGUCUCACUCAAAGCACAAUUGUGAAGCCCUCAUGAGUCAAUAAGCGAUGGUCAUUUACCAGUGUGUAUAGAAUUAUUAUAAAACUAUAGGGUGUAACCUGCCAGUCAUUUUAACAAUGGGAGUGUUUUGAAUGGAGUGGAUUGAAUGUGACACACCUCUUGAUGUGUCUCUAGUAUCUCUCACCAAAACACUUGUGAGAAUUAUGUCCAUUUAUUUUACUAGGCAAGUCAAUUAAGAACAAAUUCUUAUUUUCAAUGACGGCCUAGGGGCAGAACGACAGAUUUGUCAGCUCGGGGAUUUGAACUUGCAACCUUUUGGUUACUAGUCCAACGCUCUAACCACUAGGCUACCCUGCCGCCCAUUUGAAUGGGUUGUGCUCAGUUCUGUUACUUACAAAUGUAUCAAUUUAAGGAAAAUAGAGCUUUCAAAUAGUGUGUGAAAUAGACUUGUUCCAAGUUCCUGCAGUCCUUGCUAUAUGCUAACAAACUAAACAGUCAUUAUAACACACUGUAUCACAGCUGCUCGGACCUCAGCAACUAUGGCUGAGGACAUAAAUGUCUGUACAUAUUAUUUGAUAGAGCUCUUCUAUUCUUCUGAGCUGUAAUACAAUGUAGUACUUGAGGAAUGUAGGAUACAAUGAAUAGAGGGGAAUAGCUGUACUGUACUUAGAAUUAUGGCUUGCUUCCAUAACACUUGAGAACUUAGUUUGACCACUUGGCUCUACAUGAAUAUAUUUUUAUGUGUGCAAACGUUUCCUCUAAAGUAAAAAUGUGAAUCUGAGAGGUACAUGUAACUGUUUUAACUACCCCUAACACACUGAAUGCAAAUACAGUACAAGCACAACGUUGACUAUGCAAGCAUUAGCUGCACUACACCCACAGACACACAGUAAGCCUAUGUCCCAAAUGGCAAACUAUUUCCUACAUAGCGCACUACUUUUGACCUGAGCCCUAUUGGGGAAAAGGGCGCAAUUUGGGAUACACACAGCCACUGUUCAACUCACUCAUCCACUGCAUAACAUUCCUCUCCUUGGUUGUGAAUAGCUGCUGUUGUAACCUCGGUAAAGCGGUAGUUUAGGUUUGAUUAUCAGUACAGUAGACUGGACCUAGCACACCCUGUGAAUGCAGUUUUAGCUAGAGGCUACUCUCACUUUGUGUUUAGCACAUUACAUAAUCAAGGUUGUUUCUAUUGUUGCUAAAUAAAAGCUUCAUGUUACCUUA